UAUUUUUGAUUUUUUUGGUUACCGGCAUUUGAAAUUGAAUUUUUUUUUUUUUUUGAUUUCAAAAUUGACAUUAAAAAUGUAUGAUACUGAAUCAAAACCAUCGAAAGUACGCAUCGAAACAAGUUUAGGCACUUUUGAUGUUGAACUGUAUUGGAAUGAAGCACCUAAAACAUGUCAAAAUUUUGCCGAAUUAAGUCGCCGUGGAUAUUAUGAUGGUACAAAAUUUCAUCGUAUCAUUCCAGAUUUCAUUAUUCAAGGUGGUGAUCCAACAGCCACUGGUCGUGGUGGACAAAGUAUUUAUGGAUCAACAUUUGAAGAUGAAAUUGAUCCAUCAUUAAAACAUACUGGUGCUGGCAUAUUAAGCAUGGCAAAUGCUGGACCAAAUACAAAUGGUAGCCAGUUUUUCAUAACAUUAGCACCAGCACAACAUUUGGAUGGUAAACAUACUAUUUUUGGUCGUGUUUUUUCCAAUCUUGAUGUCGUACAAAAAUUGGGUCGUAUUCCAACCGAUAAAAAUGAUUGUCCAAUACAGAAUGUUAUGAUCAAAAAAGCCAAUAUAAUCAUCGAUGAUUGAUUAAUUUAUUUGUUUAUACUAUUCAUCAAAUUUUCCAAUUCAAACAAUAACUCAAGAUUUUAACCACAAAUAUCAUUUUUCUAUCAAUAAACAUACCUAUCAUAAAAUCUAAA